AUGUCAGACUUUCCUCCUUCACCCGUCGAUACCAUUGACUGGAGCAAUGUGGGCUUCAAGAUCCGAGAAGUCGCUGGCCAUGUUGAAUCACACUACUCUGUUGAGACCGGCAAAUGGACCCCCCCAGUCUUUGUCGAGGAUCCAUUCCUGCGCAUCCACGGCAUGGCACCCGGUCUGAAUUACGGGAUGCAGUGCUACGAGGGUAUGAAGGCCUUCCGAGCACCAAAUAACACCAUAAACAUCUUCAGGCCCAACAAGAAUGCCGAAAGGAUGCAACACUCGGCCUCUUUUAUUUCCAUCCCAGAGGUACCGACAGACCACUUCCUCGCCUGCUGCAGUAUGGCUGUAGGAAUGAACGCGGCAUACGUGCCACCUCAUGAGACCGGGGCGGCCAUGUACAUCCGACCACUGCUCUUCGGUAGCUCAGCGCAGCUUGGCCUGAACCCGCCACAGGAGUACACAUUCGUAGUCUACUGUAUUCCAACAGGUGUCUACCAUGGAUCAAACCCGGUAGAUGCCGUCAUCCUUGAGGACUUUGACCGCGCCGCGCCGGAGGGAACUGGAUCAGCAAAGGUCGGAGGCAACUACGCUCCAGUAUUGCGGCAUAGCGAGAAGGCGUACAAGGCAGGCUACGGCAUUACCCUGCACCUUGACAGCAAGACCAGAAGCGUCGUUGACGAGUUCUCAACGUCCGCAUUCAUUGGAGUGAAGAAGGAUGGCGACAAGGUCAAGCUUGUUGCAUCUAACAGCAAAAACGUCAUCCAGAGUGUGACUGGAGACAGCGUUCUCAGGAUUGCGGAAUCAUUUGGCUGGGAAGCCGAGUCCCGAGAGAUCGCGUAUGAAGAACUCAAGUCCUUCGACGAAGUCCUUGCUGCAGGAACCGCGGCGGCUCUUGUUCCCAUCAAAUCUAUCACUCUACCAUCGAAGGAUGACAAGUUCACGUAUGCAGAGGCACAGCAAGAACCAGGCCCAGUAUGCAAGAAGCUUCUUACGACACUGAAAGGUAUCCAGCAAGGAAAGAUUGAAGACAAGCAGAGCUGGCUUUUCAAGGUGGAGAGGCCUGAGCAGUUUGGAAAACAAGAACAGGCAAACGGGGCCAAGAUUGUCGGACAACUGCCUUGA